CUUCUUUCCUCUCCACCGUAUUUCUAUCUCUCCACUCUCUUCCCCUUCUCAUCUCUCCCCUACUCUCAUCAAAUCCUCCUCUUCUUGUCCACCAUCUUCCUUCACAUACAGAGAAAGGAGAGAGAGAGAGAUAGAGUUCAUGAUUUGAUCUAACAUAUUUUCUCUCUCUACUGUAUCUAAACUUCUCUCAUAGUUCUCUCAUGGUUUCCAUCAUAUAUGGAAGAAGAUGCGCCACUUCCUCACCAAUUUCCACACCAUGCUCUCGUGGUUCGACAAAAAGCUCCACCAAGCAACCAAACUACUUCACCGUAGUGAAACCAGAACCGACGACAGCGCCGCCACCUCGCCGGUGGCGGAGUGCUACGCCUGCACCCAACCGGGCGUACCGAGCUUCCACUCCACCACCUGCGACCAGGCCCACUCGCCCGAAUGGGCCGCCUCCGCGGGCUCCUCCCUAAUCCCAAUCCAACCCAAUACCACUGAUCACGCCAACGCUCCACCACCGCCUGAGCAACGGACCAAGCAUAAAACCCAAUGGGUUCUUGACCCGCGUAGCCCGCGGGUCCAGCGUUGGAACCGCGCCUUGCUUUUGGCUCGAGCAGUGGCUUUGGCUCUCGACCCGCUGUUCUUUUACUCGCUCUCCGUCGGCGACGGCGGCGGCGCGCCGCCUUGUCUUUUUAUGGAUGGAGGAUUAGUUGUGGCGGUGACGGUGCUGCGAACGGCGGCUGACGCCGCACAUUUGGCGCAUAUAUGGCUACAGAUGAGGAUGGCCUACGUGUCGAGAGAGUCGCUUGUAGUUGGGUGCGGGAAGCUCGUAUGGGACGCGAGAAUGGUGGCGGAGCAUUAUUUGAGAUCCAUUAAGGGAUUCUGGUUUGAUCUCUUCGUUAUCCUUCCUGUUCCUCAGGUAUUUAUUUCUUUCUGUUAUGAUAGUAUUUCUGAGAUAAAGCUGAUAAUGACAAUACUUAUAAUGAUAUUCUUGUUCCAGUUUCUACCCAAAGUUUAUCACAUUAUAUGUGUGAUGAGAAGGAUGCAGAAGGUCACUGGUUUCAUUUUCGGUUCAAUUUGGUGGGGCUUUGGACUCAAUCUCAUUGCUUAUUUCAUUGCUUCACAUGUAGCUGGAGGCUGUUGGUAUGUUCUUACAAUUCAAAGAAUUGCUUCUUGUCUGAAGCAGCAAUGUGAGAAAAAUAAAACCUGCGAUCUCCUAUCCUUUGCCUGUUCUAAGCAAGUGUGCUACAAUCUUCCCUUCUCAUCAAAUGUGAAGAGUAUUUCAUGCCAGACCUUCAAUUUCACUACAGAAACUACAGCAGUUCAAAAUGAUCCUACAUGUUUAAAAGUUAACGGUCCAUUUCCAUAUGGAAUCUACAACACAGCUCUUCCUGUUGUUUCCAGCAAUUCACUAGCUGUUAAAAUCCUUUACCCAAUAUUCUGGGGCCUUAUGACUCUCAGCACAUUUGGCAACAAUUUGGAGCCAACAAGUCACUGGCUUGAAGUCAUAUUCAGCAUAACUAUUGUCUUGAGUGGUUUGAUGCUCUUCACCUUGUUGAUUGGAAACAUUCAGGUAUUUUUGCAUUCAGUGAUGGCGAGGAAGAGAAAGAUGCAGCUGCGGUGCAGAGAUAUGGAGUGGUGGAUGAGAAGAAGACAACUUCCUUCUCAGCUGAGACAGAGAGUUAGACAAUAUGAAUUGCAGAGAUGGGCGGCAACAAGAGGGGAGGAUGAGAUGGAGAUGAUCAAAGAUUUACCAGAAGGGCUAAGGAGAGAGAUCAAGCGUCAGCUGUGCCUUGAUCUCAUCAAACAGGUUCCUAUAUUUCAUAAUCUGGACGACCUUAUCCUUGACAACAUAUGCGAUCGAGUAGAACCACUGGUUUUCUCCAAAAAUGAGAAGGUGAUUAGAGAAGGAGACCCUGUAAAGCGCAUGGUAUUUAUAGUCAAAGGGACCUUGCAAAGCAACCAACAACUUAGCAAAGGAAUGGUAGCCACUUGCAUGCUAGGCCCUGGUGGCUUCUUCGGGGAUGAGCUUCUCUCAUGGUGUCUUCGUCGUCCAUUUGUCGACCGCCUGCCUGCUUCUUCUGCAACCUUCGUUUGCAUCGAGCCUACAGAAGCCUUUGGUCUCGACGCACCUCAUCUAAGAUACAUCACUGAGCACUUCAGGUAUAAAUUUGCAAAUGAGAAGCUUAAGAGAACAGCAAGGUUUUAUUCUGCAAAUUGGCGAACUUGGGCUGCUGUAAACAUACAGCUUGCAUGGCGCCGUAACAGAGCAAGAAGAAUGGGCAUCAGUGUUGUCAUUGAGCCAUCGGAAAACGACGGCGAUGAGCGCAGGCUUCGACGUUAUGCAGCAAUGUUCAUGUCACUGAAACCUCAUGAUCAUCUUGAAUGAAACAAGAUGGGGGUAGAUAUAUAGCUAUUUGUUGUCGUUGCAUGGUGUUUGUCAGUUUGACAAUUACAUGAAGUUAUUCAUGUAUGAAUAAGCAACGUCCAUCUUAGAAGAGUUGGAAUUUGAGCCAACAGUUCAUUAUUUGAGUAAAUAAGAAGUGCUGUUAAUAAUUUCACAUUUAAAUUUGUGUGACAUGGAUGCAUUAAUCUAAGGAGAAAUGCAUCUAAUGGCAAACAUGAAUGUAACAGCCCAAAUUCUUAACUAUUGAGGUAUUGUCUGUUUAAGCCUGAUACGCUCAUGAUUUUUUUC